AUGAAUGCUAUAUGCAAAGUAAAUACUUCUAUAAAAAUUAUAAAAUUUAUAUUGAUAAUAAUCAUACCAAUUAUUGCUGGACAUUUUGGAUAUAAUAAAUGCGACCAAAACACAUGGAUUCAAAAUUUUAAAUUAUGUGGCGGAAAAUUACAAUCUCCAAUACAUAUAUCAUCAUUUAAAUCAAUACCUCUUCCUUUACCAGCACUUGAAACAAUUGGUUAUCAUGAUUUUCUCCCAAAUCCAUUAUAUUUAAAAAAUAAUGGCCAUUCAGUUGUAAUAAAUAUAAAUAAUCGUUUUGAAAAAAGAUUACCUUAUAUAUUUGGGGGUUCACUUAAUGUGAAUCAAGAAUAUGAAAUAGAUCAUUUACAUUUUCAUUGGGGUGCAAAAAAUAACAAAGGAUCUGAGCAUAUUUUAAAUGGUGUUAGAUAUCCUAUGGAAAUGCACAUAGUUCAUAAAAAUAAAAUUUAUUCAAAUUUAUCUAAUGCAUUAAAUUAUAAAGAUGGUCUUGUAGUUUUAGGGAUUUUUUUUCAAUUACAGGAAAAAGACAACAAAAAGUUAUAUUCCAUUGUAAAUCAUUUAUUGAGUGUGCAACAAUUAAAUAAAGAAGUAAAAUUAAAUAUGUCUAUAACCUUGGCUUCAUUAUUACCUAAAAAUAUAGAUAUAUUUUAUACUUAUAAAGGUUCAUUAACUACACCUCCAUGUAAUGAAGUAGUAACAUGGAUAAUUUUUCCAAAGCCAGUACCAAUAUCUUUCACACAGCUAAAUAAAUUUAGAUUACUUUGUAAUGGAGAAGGUACAUUAGCUAAUAAUUACAGAAAAUUGCAACAAAUAGGACUUAGGAAAGUAUAUGUUAGAAAGUUAAAUCCAUCUUUAAUUGAAAAAUAUAAUAAAACGAUUUUUAAUGUUAUGAAUUUGGAAUGGUUUUGGCAUUAAAUAUAAUUUUACACUAUAAGAAAUAAAAUA